ACUUGCUGCUCUGGAAAAAUAGGUAGUUGGAGGAAUAGAUAUACACUUGCCCACCCUUCCGCCAACAUCAAGAGUUAAGCUGAUUUCAUACUUGAAACUUCUGAGUCAGCAAUAUCCAGCCUUGUUGCCCCCCAAAGCCAGAAAAUAUUGCAACCAUAUGCUACACAAGUGGAACAACCGGAACACCAAAGGGGGUUGUCUUGACUCAUGGAAACUUAGAUUGCAAAUGCUGCUGGGUAUAGUGAAACGACCAAAUUUUUCUCAUCAGAUAUCUAUCUAUCCUACCUCCCUCUGGCACAUAUAUAUGAAAGAAUGAAUCAGAUCAUUGGAGCAUAUUAUGGGGUUGCUGUCGGUUUUUACCAAGGGGACAACAUGAAACUGAUGGAUGAUUUGGCUGCUUUGAGACCGACUAUUUUUUGCAGCGUUCCUCGACUGUACAACCGGAUAUAUGCAGGAAUAACAAAUGCUGUGAAGUCUUCAGGGAUGCUAAAGGAGAGACUAUUUAGAGUUGCCUUCAAUUCGAAGAAGCAUGCUAUAUUGACAGGCCGGAAUCCAUCACCUAUGUGGGACACACUAGUGUUCAAUAGAAUAAAGGAAAAGCUUGGAGGGCGAGUCCGUUUCAUGGUAUCUGGUGCUUCGCCAUUAUCUUCUGAUGUUGCGGACUUUUUAAGGGUGUGCUUUGGCUGUCAAGUACUUGAAGGGUAUGGUAUGACUGAGACAUCUUGUGUAAUAAGCUGCAUGGAUGAGGGCGACACCUUAUCUGGUCAUGUUGGAUCUCCGAAUCCUGCCUGCGAAAUAAAGCUCGUGGACGUUCCUGAAAUGAACUAUACAUCAGAAGAUCAACCUUAUCCUCGUGGAGAAAUCUGUGUCAGGGGGCCCAUUGUCUUCCAAGGAUACUACAAUGAUGAAGUUCAAACGAGAGAGGUAAUUGAUGAUGACUCUUGGUUGCAUACGGGAGACAUUGGGUUGUGGUUACCAGGAGGCCGCCUUAAGAUUAUUGAUAGGAAGAAGAAUAUUUUCAAGUUGGCACAAGGUGAAUAUAUAGCACCAGAAAAGAUUGAGAACGUGUAUUCCAAGUGCAAGUUCAUCUCACAGUGUUUUGUGUAUGGCGAUAGCUUGAACUCUUGCUUAGUGGCGGUUGUUGCUGUGGACCUGGAGGUGCUGAAAGAAUGGGCUGCAUCGCAAGGCAUCGAGUACGAGGCUUUACGACAGCUAUGCAAUGACCAGCGGGCACGGGAAGCUGUUCUUGCUGAAAUGGACGACAUUGGCAGAGAAGCGGAGUUGCAAGGCUUCGAAUAUGUGAAGGCCGUGGCGCUGGUGCUCGAACCAUUCACGGAGGAGAACGGACUUCUCACCCCAACAUUUAAGAUCAAGAGGUCUCAAGCCAAAGCCCACUUUGCUAAGGUGAUAUUGGACAUGUACGCCGAGCUUUCUAGAUCUGAGCCAUCUCCUCAGAAGGUCUCCUGA